AUGGCUCCUCAUCUUCUCGAGGCCGAGCCCUAUGAGGAGCACAAGACCCCUUUCGCUCAGGCGUUUUCGGAGAAACGACACGUUGCCAGCGACAUGGACGCGACCGCGAUUUCGGGCCUGCCCUCUCCCACGAUGCCCGACUACAACAUCGAGCGCUGCAGCGCGGAGCAGGCGAGGAGCCUCAACCCUUUCCUCGCCAGGGUUCGGCUUGACCGUAGCCCCCGCCUCCCCGGACCCAGUGUCUUCUACGUCGACGGACGGGAGUUCAAUCGCGUUCCUAGCCCUCUUGGACCUCACCCCAUCGUUGAGCUUUUCGACACCUGCCCACCAGGCCACUCCCUGACGAUGCGGCAGCGCUUGGCCGAAAUCAUCCGCAAUGACAGCCCCAGCGGCAUCUUGGUGUUGCGAUACGGCUUCAGCAAUUUGUCUGGCACAGAACAGUAUCCGACUAUUCAGCUAGCUCUGAACCCAAAGGCUGCGAGCGAGGAACGCGCAGUCGAGCUGGCCAGAGAGGCGGCAGAUUACAUCUUCCAAUUCCCGACGCUGCGCGAUCUCUCUAUCGAGAUCACAGAGACAGCCUUCACAUUCUACUGUUCGGAAAACGACAACGAGAAAUAUCGAAAGUGGGGAUACUACCUUGAAGAUGCUUACCGGCCUGUCCCUACCACGGGCACGUCAAUAGGUCCCUCCCAGGGUUCAAAGCGCACCGGCACCCUGGGAGGUUAUGUCCGUGUUAGAUUCAAGCGGAAGCCCGGCUUAGAGAGCCCCUCUACCCGCCCGGCUAGCUACGAGGUUGUAGCUGCGUUGACGUGCCACCACGUCGUUAGCGGUAAGCCGAUGCAGAUCAUAGCCCACCCCGAGAACGACUGCAUCAGCGUUCCCUCGGCCGGAGAUCAUGAGUCCUUCCAAAAGAUACUGUUGGAGCCUGACGGCCAGGUCAAAAACAGCUACCACAACACCCCCGACUUCUCAUUUUUGAAGAUCAAGCGCAAGGCAGGCUUUCUGAGCAAAGGGGAAGAAAAGGUACUCAACUUGUACGAGAAGAUGGAGAAGCUUGAGAAGCAGCGCGGAGAGCUCUGCAAGGCGUUCGAUCCCAGCCAGGAUGAUGGUGAUAUACCCAAGAUGGAGGACUUUGGCCCCAUCCUCGACUGGGCCCUCGUGGCGGUCGAUCCAUUCCGAGUCGGUUUCGACAUGGACUGCAUUCCCGGCGUCCUCACUAGGGACCAAGCUACGAAGCUUCGACUAUCCUACGCCCCAAGCGACGGCCUACACAUUAGGCCUCACAAUGGCAUCGACCACAUUGACGACAUUGACGAGCUCAAGGCUAGGUUCGGGGCCCCCGACGACCCAAAGCGCUCAGUCUUCAUGAUAGGACGUACAUCCGGAAUGAAGCUGGGCGCGAUUUCCGAAGUCGACGCGUCGGUCGAAAUGCGCAUCGAAAUUGACGGCGUCGAAGAGCCUAUCCGGGUUGUUGGAAAGACAACGGUCAUCGUCACCCCGCCGGGAGCCAUCAAGAGCGACGGCAUGUGGGCCUUUGGCUCCAAGGGCGACUCUGGUAGCUUGGUAUAUACGUACCAGGGAAAGGCCUUGGCUGUCUACCAUGGCGGCGUGGCGCUCUUUGACAUUGACGGCCGCAACCCGGAGCCCGACAACGCGAGGAACGACGGCAUUCACUUUGCCACGCCGAUCAAGGACACGUUCAAGGACAUCAUCAAGGUCUUGGUUUCCGACCCUGCCAAUGCCGAGUAUGAUAUCGACGCGGUCGAGUUGAUCUAG